ACUGGCGCCAGGUUCAGUUGCAACCGAGUCGUCUUCAAGUGAGCAUAUAACUUUGCUAGCCUUCCUCCUCUCUCACCUUUCCAAUUCUUGACCUCUCUCAGCCGUCCCAAUCGCAUCGCCUUUUUUUACGAUUUGUUAUUGCUUCGCUUCCUGUGGAUUUCCUCCAAUCACCAGAUCAAGAAAAAAACAAAACAAAAUAAAAGCAACAUCUAAGAUCGCUCCUUGUUUCAACAUCGUGAACGUCCGCGCAACCGCCAUUUAAACCCCUGGUGCCAUCGAUCCCGACCAACGCGGAAACUCAUACGAUUGACAUCGCCUAAUAACCCCAUUCUUAUUAUUUCGAGAAACUUGACAGAUCGGCUGUAUCAACAUGUCACCGGCUUUGGUUAACGGUAGCGGAGGAGGCGGAGGAGGAUCGACAGGAGCCUUGACAUUAAGGCGCGGACCGAUUGCCGCCGAGUUUCAAGGACCUGGACCAGCAGCUGUGGCCCUGCCCUCCACCAUUGGUAAAAGUACCAGCGAAUCCACCAAAGGAAGGGCGCCGGCUUUUAGUUUUGGAAUUAGGCACAACCCUGGGAAAACGAGUUUGGGUCCCGGUCCUGGCCAGUACAAUGUCGCCCGACUUCACCAUAAAGGUAAAGAUGAUGGACCGGCUCCUUCCAUCAGCGGUCGUCCCAAGGAGAGUAAACACGACAUCACGCCGGCACCGGGAGACUACAAUCCGGAGAAAGGAGGAAAGUUCGUCGGAGAAUCGUCACCGAGUUUCACCUUCGGGGCCAAAGUGAAGGACGAACGUAAAGACAACCUUCCAGCUCCCAACGCCUAUUCUCUACCGCCCGCCUUGGGUACCGGGUUGGCUCCCGCUUUUUCCAUUUCUGGACGGGGCAAAUUACCGAUCGAUGAACGUGUUCUCAACCCAGGUCCAGGUGCCUACGAGUCCGGUAACCAGGACAAGUACAAGGCUCGUUCGCCGUCCUAUUCCAUCUCGAGCCGCACCAAUAUACCGACAGACCAAACUCAAAAGCCAGGGCCAGGGGCGCAUUCGCCGGAAAAGAUAAAACAGGAGUCCAGUCCAGCUCACACCUUCGGCGUGAAGCACUCGCCCUACUUAGGCAAGCUGAAAGGGUUGUGAAGGUAAAGGCGAACACCACAUGGACGGGCGUGCCGACCUAAGAGGUUGACUCGACUUCAAUCAACACCAUUCUUUCUUUUUUUUUCUUUCUUCAAAACCCUGUGUCUCUCCUACUCCAGCAGCCGGUGUGGGUACGUGCGUGCAUAUCAAAAUUCAACGUCGUGACAUAACCUCUCCCUUCGACUUGUGUCUACUUAAAGUGAAUUUUUUCUUUCUACUUCCAACUUUCUGUUGCGCUUAUUCCCCAUCAUGAUGGCUCUCGCUUGCCAGAAAUGCACAUUCCGACAUAUAAGUUAUGUGAAACAUUGACGACUUUGGUCCAAGCUUUAGACGUGCGGUACUUUUUAGUGGAUUGCAGCAGAUGCUCUACCAAGUUUUUAUCGUCUCUUUCUCCUUUUGAACCUUUUUCUCUUUUUCGAUAGUUUUCUUCUCGAACAUAUAUCAAACGUUAAAAAAUGCUAAUUCUUAUAUACUAGAGCCCUUCUUUCAUGUAUCUCCAUAGUUACAUAGCCAUUGUGCCUUUGGUAGAUUUUUAUGGUUCCUUCUGCAUUACUGUAGUGCGCUCGUUUUCAUUGGGGAUGGUAGUAGGUCAAUGCCGCUUCACCGAUUUUGCAACUGAUUUUCAUUUUUUUUCUCUCUUCUACUGUGAUACUGUUGAGGUAGUUAUCGCUUUUCUCCCCCCUCCCACACACACACCAGAGCCCACCCAUUUCGAUUUUUACAAACUUUUAAGGCCGUUCUUGUCCUUCAACGUUUCACCUUCCCCGGAAUCGGCAGGCCUGAUGUUAGAGCAACACGCACAAACAAAAGAACACGUACCGAAAAAAUAAUCUUUUUUUUUUUUUUACUUCUGUGAGUUGAAAUGAUUUAACUUGUAUUGGCCAUAUGUUUCGCUACAUUAAUAAACUCGCAGGUUGUUGACAUGGAA